CUCUUCCUUUCCCUCUGCAUUUUUUCCUUUCCAGUUUCCACUUUUUGAUUUCCCAGAGAGUGAAAUAUAAAUGCCAACCAUGGACUUUAGUCACUCUUUUACUGCCUAAUGUUUAAUAAUAUUUACAUAUCGAAUCCCAACAACCUUCCUUGCGUCGCAAGUCGGUGCCCUUCCAACUUUCUCUUGAUUUCCCAAACCUUUACUUUCCAGAUCAGUUCUUAUAUUUUGUGAUCUCCCACCAACUUUAUAUAAACAGACACCGAAAACCCUUUUCGUUUUUUGUCCUAAGAAGCUGCUCCAAGAAUCUUGGAUAUUCCAAAGCAAGCAACUUUCAUUGAUUUCAUCGCUCCAAAUUUACUGUUGAGCACGCACCAUUUUGGUAUCCUUUAGGAGGGUCAAAGAGUACUUGCCACUCGUGCUUUGGGGGGAAGUACUCAAUCUGAACAUGGCAUUCGAAAGGAUUUCUAGGACUGCUCGACAUGGAUUCAGAAGGUCGCCAUCAGGAGCAUCUUCGCGCACAACUGAGAAGGAUAUGUUGUGUGAGCGAGCAUCCACACGCAAAUAUUGCUCCGUACCUUCACUCGAAAGGGAGAAGAGAAACAACAAUCUUUCGUAUCUCUCCAGCAUUUCAAAGGUGAAUCACAAUAGUUUCUGGAGCAGGGGAAUAAGCAUAACCCCGAAUUAUCAAUUCCCUUCUGCGGAAAGGAUUGUUGAGGAGUCCGAUUCGGAGUGUAAUGACCCCAAGUAUCCGGGACUAGAAGCAACCAGGCCGAGUGAAAAGCCAAGAGUGGUGGUCCUUGGUACUGGCUGGGCUGCAUGUCGAUUCCUCAAAGGACUAGACACCAAGGUUUAUGAUGUUGUUUGCAUAUCGCCGAGAAAUCACAUGGUCUUCACUCCUUUGCUUGCUUCAACUUGCGUUGGUACCCUGGAAUUUCGCUCGGUAGCUGAACCUGUUAGUCGUAUACAAUCUGCAUUGGCAGCGAGUCCCAGUUCAUACUUUUACAUGGCUUCCUGCGUCGGCCUUGACACUGACAAACAUGAGGUUUACUGUGAGACAAUUAGCAAUGGCGGUUUAUCUCAUGAACCUUACAGGUUCAAAGUAGCGUAUGACAAACUCAUCAUAGCUGCCGGAGCUGAACCCCUGACGUUUGGCAUCAAGGGUGUGAAGGAACAUGCAUUUUUCCUCCGCGAGGUGAAUCAUGCCCAAGAGAUUAGGAAGAAGCUUCUCUUGAACCUCAUGCUUUCGGAACAUCCAGGCAUAUCGGAGGAAGAAAGGAAACGCGUCCUGCAUUGUGUUGUUAUUGGAGGUGGCCCUACAGGGGUGGAGUUCAGUGGCGAAUUGAGCGAUUUCAUCAUGAAAGAUGUACAAGAACGGUUUAGUCACGUUAAGGAUUACAUCAAAGUCACUCUCAUUGAGGCGAAUGAGAUUUUGUCAUCGUUCGAUGUUGGGUUAAGGCAAUACGCAACAAAUCACUUGACCAAGGUUGGCGUUCGCCUUAUGCGAGGCGUUGUGAAAGAAGUGCAUCCGAAGAAGAUAGUUCUCAACGAUGGCACUGAUGUUCCAUAUGGCCUUUUGGUCUGGUCUACCGGCGUUGGUCCCUCAGAGUUUGUGAAAAAACUCGAUCUUCCAAAGUCCCCAGGCGGAAGGAUUGGUGUCGAUGGGUGGAUGCGGGUUCCUUCAGUGGAAGAUGUGUUUGCACUGGGAGAUUGUGCCGGUUUUCUCGAGGAGACGGGGAGGCCAGUCCUUCCGGCUUUAGCUCAGGUGGCAGAAAGGGAAGGAAAGUAUCUGGUGGAGCUGUUUAACAGGAUUGGGAAGCAGGAUGCCGGGAAGGCCUUCAGCGCGAAAGACAUUCCUCUCGGGGAGCAAUUUGUGUACAAGCACCUAGGAAGCAUGGCAACAGUUGGAGGCUAUAAGGCUUUGGUUGAUCUGCGCCAGUCUAAGGAUGCAAAGGGCAUAUCCCUUGCCGGAUUUCUCAGCUGGUUAAUUUGGCGCUCCGCUUAUCUGACGCGUGUUGUCAGCUGGAGGAACAGGUUCUAUGUUGCAGUGAACUGGGCCACUACUCUUGUAUUUGGCAGAGAUAACUCAAGAAUAUAGGUUGAUGCUACAAGUCACACCACACACAUUGCCAUAUGUUAUAGGCUAGUGAUUUUCACGCUCCUCGUUUCGCCUAUUCGAAAUACAUAUGUUAAGAGGCUUGAGACCUUGAUCCCUCAAUUUGUUGAAUUGGGUGAAAUAUUUGGUUCAGGUUAAACUCGAUCUCUCAAUCUUUUGUUGCAAAAUAUUGUCGAUGUUCAGAGUAUCUCGCGUCCACUUUGUAGCAUUGAUACUUAAAAAGAUCUCGAGCAUUUUUGUAUUCAUCGUCGAUUAGUUUUGAGUUGGAUGCUCAUAUUGUAA